AUGGCAAGUCAUUACAACACUGAAGAAGCGCUGAGAAUGGUCAUGGAUCCCGAGUCCGAGGAUAGCUCCUUGUCAUCCGCAGAGGACUCUGGGGAUGACGCGGAGAUUUCAACGGGGGAGGAAACGGAGGAGUCCGGUUCCGACUCACGCGGAGCCGACUCUUCUGAAAUUGAGAGCGGAGACAUGGAGGAAGCACCAGCGGGGUGGAUUGGUAAAAAUGGAUUAACGUGGAAUCCCACAAACGCCGAGACGCUGCGUUAUGUUCCAGCCGCUAUUGGGAACACUGGACCUACGCAUUACGCCACCGCUCGGAUCUGUGACCCGCUAUCCAGCUUUUUACUCUUUGUCACGGAUGAAAUCAUGCUGCAUAUUGUGUCCAAGACCAAUCUCCAGGGGAGGCGUACGAUCGCGAAUUGGAAAGACGUGGACAGUGACGAGCUCCGGGCUUAUGUGGGGCUACUGAUCCUGGCAGGAGUUUACCGGUCCAAGCACGAGUCCACGCUCAGUCUGUGGAAUGAGAAAUCUGGCCGCAUGGUAUUUCGGGCUACCAUGUCAGAAAAAAGAUUUCACCACAUUAGCAGGGCUCUGCGGUUUGAUGACAAACUUUCGAGACCGAGACGUCGUUGUGACAAACUGGCUCCCAUUCGUCACAUCUGGGAUAUGUGGACCCACCGCCUAGAAAUGAUGUUCUGCCCGGGCAGGGAAAUAUGUGUGGACGAGCAACUAGUCCCGUUCAGAGGGAGGUGCGGGUUCAGACAAUACAUGCCCAAGAAGCCAGGGAAGUACGGGCUGAAAAUAUGGGCAGCCUGCGACGUCGAUACGGCAUACGCCUGGAGAGUCCAGCUGUACACAGGCAAAGCAGCUGGCGAACGCCCUGAAGUCAACCAGGGAAUGCGGGUCGUUUUGGAGCUGACAGAGGGGCUCCAGGGACACGCUGUCACAUGUGACAACUUCUUCACAUCGAUUCCUCUGUCAGAAGAACUACUCAAAAGAAAAAUGACCCUGGUUGGAACCAUCAGAAAAAAUAAACCAGAGCUUCCGCCGCAGCUCCUUCAGACAAGGGGGAGGGAGGUGUUUUCCUCCGUUUUCGCUUUCAGGAUGACCCACACGGCCGUGUCUUACGUGCCCCGCCACGGCAAAAAUGUGCUCUUAUUGAGCACGAAACACCGCACCCCAAGCGUGAGCGAUGACGCCAAAAGAAAGCCUCAAAUUAUAAUGGACUACAACAAAUCCAAAGGAGGGGUCGACAGACUUGAUCAGGCUGUGUGCGCCUACUCCUGCAGGAGGCGAACGAGGCGGUGGCCAUUAGCUCUGUUCCAUCAUAUGAUUGACGUCUCCCUUUAUAACGGUUUCGUCCUGUGGACCGCAGUCGAUCCAGCCUGGAAGCAGUCCAAAUCACAUAGGAGGAGGCUUUACAUCGAGGAGGUGGGGGAAGCUUUAGUGAAACCUCACAUGGCAAGGAGAGAGCGCCUUCCUCGCCCAUCACUCACAGCGGAGCUUGUGAGACAUGCCCAGUAUGCUGCUGCUUCAGACCCCUCUGCAGCCCCCUCUGCAGCCCCCAGAGCGAAGGCCAGGAGGCAAUGCGACCUUUGCUCAAUAAAAAGACGAAGAGUCGUCACCACCUGCUGCAAAUGUGGAAAUGAAGUAUGUAAGGACCACACCCUGACCAUUUGCAGCAACUGCUCCACCUGA